AUGGAUACCAACAUGGAGGAUGUCAAGAUGCCGGAGCCCAUGCAGCUGUCGUCUGCCCCUACGUCUGAGCCGACCACAAUCCCCACGCUGGAUGGCUGGAUUGAGAGCCUCAUGAGCUGCAAGCAGUUGGCCGAGAGCGACGUACAGAGACUAUGCGACAAGGUAUGCGACGUUGCCUCGCGCAGAAAACUGCCCAAAUUGCACCUUCUGACAAGCAUUGUGCUACAGGCCCGCGAGGUACUUCAGGACGAGUCCAACGUACAGCCAGUGAAAUGCCCCGUCACAGUCUGCGGUGAUAUACAUGGCCAGUUCCAUGACCUGAUGGAGUUGUUCAAGAUCGGUGGGCCCAACCCGGACACAAACUAUCUCUUCAUGGGCGACUACGUCGACCGAGGCUAUUUCUCCGUCGAGACCGUGACCCUUCUGGUCGCACUCAAGAUUCGAUACCCCCAGCGCAUCACCAUCCUUCGUGGCAACCACGAGUCCCGUCAAAUCACUCAAGUAUACGGCUUUUACGACGAGUGUCUCCGCAAGUACGGCAACGCCAAUGUUUGGAAAUACUUUACAGACCUUUUCGACUACCUGCCGCUCACUGCCUUGAUCGACAACCAGAUCUUCUGUCUGCACGGUGGUCUCUCGCCUAGCAUUGACACGCUUGACAACAUCAGGGCGCUCGAUCGCAUACAAGAGGUGCCUCACGAGGGACCAAUGUGUGACCUGCUCUGGUCCGACCCAGAUGACAGGUGUGGCUGGGGAAUCUCACCCCGUGGUGCAGGAUACACGUUCGGUCAGGAUAUUUCAGAGGCCUUCAACCACAACAACGGCUUGACGCUAGUGGCACGUGCUCAUCAGCUAGUCAUGGAGGGGUACAAUUGGUCGCAAGAUAGGAAUGUCGUGACCAUAUUCUCGGCACCAAACUAUUGCUACAGAUGCGGUAACCAGGCCGCCAUCAUGGAGAUUGAUGAGCAUCUGAAGUAUACCUUCUUGCAAUUCGAUCCUUGCCCGCGCGCUGGCGAACCUAUGGUCUCACGAAGGACCCCGGAUUACUUCCUCUAA